UAAUGGCACGUGAAGUUAACACAUAAAUACAAAGAAGAGUGAUUACGAUUAACUUACAAGAUUGGACUUAACGCAGGCAUAAAAUCGGUAGAGAUACCACAAUAUAAAUUAAUGUUAUUAUAUAUUUAAUUGUAAGCUUUGCAUAAACAAACGUUAAUUUGUUUUAGUGAUUGUUCACAUGGAAACAAAUGUACGACUUAAAACCCAUUCAGAUGAUCCAUCUGAAAUACAGUUGUUGCUGCAACAAACACAUGAUGAGGCGUUACAGAAAAAUGAAUGUGCAACAAAACAUUGGAUGAAACUGCAGGAUGAACACAUGACUCUGCAUUCUCAUCUAGGCAUACUUCCUGAUAAGUUGUCUCAUGAAGUGAUGGUCCCUAUAGGAUCCAAGGCACUUAUGAGAGGAAAGAUGGUUCAUACAAAUGAAAUACUAGUUUGCCUUGGUGAUGGUUGGUUUGUGAAAUGCAGUGCUAAGGAAGCAGCUGAAAUAUGUGACAGGCGGAUAAAGUUAUGCAAUGGUAUGCUGAAAGACUUGGAGAGAGAACACAAUUUGUUUCUUGCAAGAAAGCAGCUUCCCUUUGAACAGGACGCUUUUGGAGCUGAUUCUAGGAAAGAAAUAUUAGAACCAUAUGAUGAGAAGGAAGAGGCGAAGUGGAAACUCCAGCAUCGUCAGAAGGAAAAAGAGUAUCGGCAGAAGCUGAGUGAACUGCGUAACAAAGAGAAAACUAAGAUUUAUGAUGAAGAAAGUUUAUGGAAAAGGUUAGAUGAGUUAGAAGUGCAAGAGGAGUUAGAACAGGAAAUUGACAGGUUGCAUGCAGAUCAGAGAGAUGUAGAAUAUGAUGAAAGUAGUGAAGUUGAUACAGAGGAGACUGAAGCCAUGGAAGAUGAUCUUAUUGAUAAUUUGCUUUUGAGAGAACAAUGCGUCGGAGGGAAUGGCCUAAUAAAACAGAAGAUUGUAACGUAUGAGCAUUCUACAUUAAAUGAGACACAUGAACCUGGAGACAUUUUUAAUUCACAGAGCACAAGUUCAGCAUCUCAGAAAUCUUCAGCCAGACAUGUAUCAUUUGCAGAUGAAGGGACUCCAAAAAUAAAUGAUAGUGAAAGUGAUUCAAGUGUGGAAUCAAUAAGGAUUGAAUUUUGUCAUACUCCCAUUGACAGCCAAACACAAGGAAGUAGAAAGUCUGAAGAGCAUCCAAUACAAACUCCAGCUGAUAUUCAUAAACACAUUAAAGAACUGAUGUCAAAAGAUGCGUCACCUAAGCCAAUACUGAAGAAGAAGUCAGCUGAUUUGGAGAGUAGUAGUGGCAUAGAACUGCAACGGAUGAAAUGGCUUAAUCAGCCAGACUCUGUUCCAAUAACUCAGGAAAUGGAAGAACCUUCAUGGAACACCCUAGCAUCACAGCCUUUACAAUUGGAAGAGUGCCCUGUGGUCUUUGGGGAUGUAUUUGAGCACACUUCAGAAGAGCCAUCAUCUCGACCACAACCACCUACACAAACUCGCCCUACUAGUAGAUUCAAAGCUGCAAGAUUAGCAUCCAAGAGGUGACAGGAGUCUUCCUAAACAUGUGCCAAUUUUAUCUGUAACUCUGUGGACUUCUGAAUUGAAAUACUUUGGCAUGUUCUUGCAGUCUGUAUACAUUGUACUAUGGAAACUGUCAUGUAUGUUCAUGUUUAUUUUUCUCCUCAAAAUAUAUCUGCACAGGGAAGGUGGAGACAGUA